ACUUUGCCUGCAGAAGUUAUCGACUAAAUCGAUAGAAGAAUUCGAGGGCCACUCCCGGAGGAGAGGGAACGAGACAGCAUUCCCUUAAUUGAGCAGUCUUCCCUCUCUCAGGCCUAGUAACGUCCUUCUUUAUCCUCACUUCAAAGUCUGUCUUCAGCAUCCCCCACAAACCAGAAUGGAGGCCCGGUCCCUCGUGCAGCCUCUGCUGCGCUCCAUCAGCACAUCUACCUCGACGAGUACGAGAGCAGCAGCAGCAGUAACAAUAGCCUCUAUACCGCGACGACACCAAUCUUCAACAUCCCGCACAAAGCGCGCCUUGAAAAUCGCCCCUCACCCCUCUUUCUUCCCCACCUCCUCCUCCUCCUUCGGCGAAUCCACGCAGGUAAUCUACAACCCGCCGUCCUCCACGCCCUCCGUCUACCACACGCCCUUCAAAUUCCUGCCUCCGAGCGACCCCCGGCGGAAAGCCAAUCUAGCCCAGCUCAUCCGCACCUCCACCGACGUGUCCUCUUCGAAGUCGGUCCUCCCCCCGGAGCUCAAGGCCCCCGAGCGCAAGUACAACGUGACGCGGGAGCAGGUGGAAGAGAUGCGGGAGCUGCGGGCCACGGACCCGGAGCGCUGGAGCGUGCUGAAGCUAGCGGAGCGCUAUGGCUGCGCCCCGUAUUUCGUCAUGAUGUGCUGCAGCGCGCCGACCGAGCAUCGCGAGCGGGAACGCGCGCGCCUGAACGCUGUUAAGGAGCGCUGGGGUGCCAUUCGCACGGGUGCUCGCGAGGAGCGGAAGAAGCGCAGGGUCUUGCUGCACAAGGGUCUGUUAUAGGCGUUCUAAGCCAUCUAUGCGUCUACCUAUUCGCCUGUGCAUAUCCCUCCCUAGUACCCAGCUGCCUCAACCUGCCGUAAUACGAGGAGGAUUGGCGGGGUAUCUUGGCUUUCUAUCCUCUAUGAGAAGCGGAAUGGAACGGAACGGAAAGGGUGGCCAAUUCUUGCCUGCUAGGAUGAGAUAG